CUCCAAUGUGGCUCCAUUAGGAGGUACUCGGCUCUUCGUCGUUCUUUCUGUUCUCAUUUGCCUAGGCCAUGGGAGCAUAUCGAUAUUUGGGGGAGUUGUAUCGCAAGAAGCAGAGCGAUGUGCUCCGCUUUUUGCUACGUGUUAGAUGCUGGCAGUAUCGCCAGUUAAUAAAACUGCACCGUGCACCCAGACCAUCAAGACCUGAUAAAGCCCGCCGUUUGGGUUACAAAGCCAAACAAGGUUUUGUUAUCUUCAGAAUUCGUGUGCGCCGUGGUGGACGCAAGCGUCCAGUUCCCAAGGGUGCUACCUAUGGCAAACCCAAAAGCCAUGGUGUUAAUCAACUGAAGCCAACUAGAAAAUUACAAUCGGUUGCGGAGGAACGCGUUGGUCGCCGAUGCGGUGGAUUGAGAGUACUCAACAGUUACUGGGUGGCCCAGGAUUCAUCAUACAAAUAUUAUGAAGUUAUCCUAGUCGAUCCUGCUCACAAGGCAAUCCGUAACGAUCCUAAGGUAAAUUGGAUAUGCAACGCGGUGCACAAACACCGUGAACUUCGUGGUAAGACUUCCGCUGGCAGGAGCUCGCGUGGAUUGGGCAAGGGACAUCGUUACUCACAAACAAUCGGCGGUUCGCGUCGUGCUGCGUGGAAAAGACGAAACACACUGUCUCUUCGCAGGAAGCGAUAAAUAUUUUAUUUGUAACUUCCGCGUUCUUAAUACAGAAUACAUCAUUUCAUUGUUAUACAUUCUGUCGUAUCAAUUUAAUGAUGUAUUCUAUACAACAAUUAAAACUCUUAUUCUUAAAAAUCA